UGCUGACGCCUGGUGCUCAUCCACAGUGAACUCACACAGAAUCUCGCUGGGCUUUAAAUCCCUAGGUCGUGGUGCAGAGCAGGGUGCACCCAACCUGUGCACGAGGCUGGGCACCUCGCCCUGCUGGGCGUGCAGCCUGGCACUGGGGAGAAGGGGAGCGAAACCCCUUGGGUGCAGCACCCACCUGAGGUCUGGGCACACCUGGGGCACGUCCUGGGGCUGCAGGGAUGCGCCUUAAGGCGCUCGAUGCCAUUUCCUGCAGACCCGCUUGUUCACGCCGCCGUCACGCCACGAAGUGACGCCGUGGCUGUGUCUGGAGCAGCUGCUCUCCCCGGAGCUGGGUGGGGAUGUCUGCGGUGCCUGAAUCACGCCUUUAUCGCUGCUACACCCACGGGCACCUCUCUCCCAGGUGAGGCAGCCGCCUGUUAAAAGCCAAACAGGACGGCAGCAGCACCCGGAGACGGGUGUGACGGCGUGGAUCAGCCUCCAGGAACGGCGGGGAGAGCCCUCGCCACCAGGCAGGUGUGUCCUCGUCCUUGGCGUGAUGGAGUCUCGCUGCCAGCUUUGGCUGUGGGCAUUAUUUGUCCUCCUGGCCUGCCCGCAGCCGCGGGGCGCGCAGCCAGCCUGCUCCCAUGGGGCCUGCUACCCCCCCGGGGGGGACAUCCUGCUGGGACGGGGCCAGCACCUGACGGCCUCCUCCACCUGUGGCCUCACCAAGCCCGAGACGUACUGCACGCCGCACGGAGAGUGGAACAUGAGAUGCUGUAAGUGCGACUCCCGGCUGCCACAUGCCCACAACGGGCACCGUGUGGCCAACGUGCUGUCCUCCGCCGGGCGGACACGCUGGUGGCAGUCCCAGAGCGGCAUGGAGCACGUCUAUUUGCAGCUGGAUCUGGAUGAGAAGUUCCAGCUCAGCAGCAUCGUGCUGAACUUCAGGUCGCCACUGCCCGCUGCGAUGCUGAUUGAGCGCUCCAUGGACUUCGGCAAGACAUGGGAGGUGUACCAGUACCUGGCCUCUGACUGCGCUGCUGCCUUCCCCCACGUCCCCCGUGGUGCCCCCGAGAGCUGGGGGGAUGCUCGCUGCCAGCCGCUGCAGGCCCAGCACGGGUACCCCAUGCAUGGGGGCAAGGUGAAAUUCAGCGUCCAAGACCUGGCAUCUACCAUCACUACCUCUUACAGCCAGACUGUCAAUAAGCUGGGGCAGUUCACCAACCUGAGGAUCAACUUCACCCAGCUCCCACACAUCAUGCACCACAGCUACCGCUCGCCCAGCAGCUUCUAUGCCGUGACGGAAAUGCAGGUGCUGGGAAGCUGCUUCUGUAAUGGCCAUGCUGACCGCUGUAUCACUUCGAGGGACCUGCACGCCGCGGUGCAUGGGCGCUGCGAGUGCCAGCACAACACUGCUGGCCCCCACUGCGGCCACUGUGCUGCCCUCUACAACGACCGCCCCUGGGCCCCCGCGGAGGACAACGACCCCCACGAGUGCCAGCGGUGUAACUGCAAUGGCCACUCGGCCUCGUGCCACUUCGACCCGGAGGUUUUCCACGCCAGUGGUGGGGUGACCGGGGGUGUCUGCGACGACUGCCAGCACAACACGGCGGGGAACAACUGCGAGCGCUGCAAAACCAACUAUUUCCGCAACCAGCGGCAGGAUCUCACCCACCCUGAAGCCUGCCAGCCCUGCGAGUGUGACCCGGACGGCACGGUGCCAGGCUCCGUCUGCGACCCGCUCUCGGGACACUGCGUCUGCAAGGAGAACGUGCAGGGCGAGCGCUGCCACCUCUGCAAGCCAGGCUUUGCCCAGCUGGCUCAUGCCAACCCCCUGGGCUGCCGCAGAUGCGCCUGCAACGUGCUGGGAACGCGGCAGGAUGUGCCCUGUGAUGACGAGACGGGGAGCUGCUCCUGCCUGCCCAACGUGGUGGGCAUCGACUGUGACCAGUGCGCGGCUGGGCACUGGGACAUGGCGAGCGGCCGGGGCUGCCGACCCUGCGACUGCAACCCCAGCGGCUCCCACAGCAUGCACUGCAACCAGUUCACAGGACAGUGCCAGUGCAGAGAAGGCUUCACGGGGCGGACGUGCUCUGCCGCGCAGCAGGAGCAGGUCUGCCCAGAUGGGUACUUUGGAGACGUCAGGGUCGGUUGCACAGAGUGCAACUGUGACUUCCAGGGCACCGAGGACGUGGGGUGUGACAAGUCUACAGGCCAUUGCCUCUGCCGCCCGGGUGUCACCGGCCCCCGCUGUGACCAGUGCCAGCGGGACCACUGCAGCACCUACCCCAGCUGUGAGCCAUGUCACCCCUGCUUCCACACCUAUGACGGUGACAUCCAGCGGCUGCGCCUGCGCCUACAGCAGGUCGGCCUGAGCAACUCCAGCAUGGGGCUGCCUGGGGGCUCCCACCUGGGCCCCCGGCUCUCACGGGCACAGGGCAGCGUGCAGCAGGCACAGGGCAUCCUUGGUCACUCAUCCGCCACCGAGCAGGGCCUGGCCCAGGUGGGCAGUGGACUCACUGCCAUCAGGGAGCAAAUGCAAGGCAUUAAUCCCAACUUUCAGUUUCUGGAUGUGGCUGCCACUCUAUCUAGUGAGCUUGAAGCUCUCAACAGCAGCCUGCUUACCAUCAGUGCCCAGUAUCAGAGCAAGAAAACCCAAUUUGAAGCCAGCCGCAGCACAGAUCUCUCAGGAGCCUUUGGGACCAUCCGAUCUGCUCACCAGACAUCCACCAACGCCAGCAGCCUUGCUGCCGCUGCUGCCACACUGCUGGCCAUGUCCAGGGAGAGCCGCAGGGAUGCGGCAGGGCUGGAGGCAGCGGCUGCCACGCACAGCAGCAAGCUGCUGGCCCUCAGGGCCCAGAUGGCCUCUUCUCCCAACCUGACCCCUACUAUGAAUAAGAUCUGUGGUGGUUUCCGAGCAGAGACAUGCACCCCAGCGCGGUGCGAGGGCCCGCUGUGCCCGCAGGAUGGUGGCAUGGCCUGCGGGGAUGGCCUUAGCUGCCGUGGUGCCAGGCCACUAGCUGGCGGGGCCCUGCGCGUGGCCGGGAGGGCUGCAGGGGAGCUGGGCAGCCUGAGCACACGGCUGCAGGAGACAGCACAGCUGAUUAAAACGACAGAGGCAUCUGCUAAUCAGAUUCAAAGCAAUGCCUUGCGACUCGUGGAACAGAUGAGCAUAACAAGAACACAGAUUGAAGGAGAUGUCCGGCGUGCCCAGCAGUUCAUCCAGCAAGUUCGGAACUUCUUGUCAGACAAAGACAUGGACCCUGCUACAAUCCAGGAAAUCAGUGAGUUUGUUCUCUCUCUACAUCUCCCUACGGAUGCUGCCGCAGUCCUGAGAAAAAUGAAUGAGAUUCAAAAUUUGGCUACCAAGCUGCAGUGCCCAGAGAGCAUACUUGCCCAGACGGCCGAUGACAUCGCAAAGGCCAAGCAGCUGCAGCAGGAGGCAGAACAAGCCAGGAACCGGGCGAAUGCUGUGGAAGGCAAUGUGGAAGAGGUUGUUGGGAAUCUGAGACAGGCAAACACAGUGCUGCUGGAGGCCCAGGGGGCUAUCAGGGGCUCGGGUUCUUCCCUUCGGUUCAUUCAGGAGCGUGUAGAGGAAAUCGAGGCAGUGCUUGGUCCAGCUGAGAAGAACGUGGGCUCGGUGGCAGCCCAGCUGGCCGUGCUGGUGGAGGGGCUCCCCGGGCUGCAGCAGACAGCGGGGCAGAACCGGCUGCGGGCCAGCGACGUGCAGCAGACAGCGGCAGCAGCAAGCGAGGAGGCCAAUGGGGCUCAGCAGGCUUUCCAACAAGUGAAAGAUAUGUAUGCGGAGCUGAAGAGCAGGCUGGGGCAGAGCCCCACGCUGGGAGCACAGGGCAGCCGUGUGCAGAGCAUAGACCUGGAGGCAAAGGCUCUCUUUGAGGAAACAUGGGACAUGAUGCUCAGGAUGGAAACUUUGGAAACUGAAAUUCGGGAAAGCAACAGAGCCCUGGUGGCCAAGUCAGCCAGGCUGUCCGGCCUCCAGGAGCAGGUGGGCAGGAUCCGGGAUGCCAUCCAUAAGCGAGUCACCUACUAUGAGAGCUGCUCCUGAGCAAGGCCGUGCCUUCCUGCUGCAGACACCGACUGCUGUGUUGAUUCCCAUUUUCUGGCAGGAUUUCUCACUUUCCUAACAUCUGUAUAUUUAGCAAAUGGAAUUUCUGUCCUUUUGGAAAGGAGCUGCACUGAGCCAAAGGAGCAACCCCCUGGGCAGGUUUGUGGUGGUUGGACCUCCUGAAGCUGCCUGGGCAUGGAGGAAAGGGACAGACACAUGGAACUUCAGCAGCAAAGAAGCACAUCCCCCACACUGUAAUUUCCAGAGGGAUAAAAAAAAAGAAAAAAAAAAAAGGAGUUCAUGUUUUAGCCAAUUUAAGCUCUUGCAGUUGGAUUUGCUGUUCAAAUUAAACCCCUCGUAUGGGGCAAUGCAGCUAAUGUUUAAAACUUGCCAUGGCUGCAGUACUUCCCUCCUAGAUUUUUCAUCAAAGAAACAGAUUGUAGAAAUGGAGAAUUUUAUCUCCAUCAUAUCUACAUAGCAAACCUCUAUUUCUACAAGAAGAAAUGCAGUCUCAUACUCAAGAUGUGUGAUGUUGAAUGACUUCUUUGACUUU